GAGAGGCAAGGGAGUGGAGCGAGAAGACGACAGGAGGAGAUCCACCACAGGGUGACCAAUUUAACCGGACCAUCCUUGGACCGCUAGGCUACAAAUGGUCCUCCACCCUGGGCGCCCGUACCGACAACCACCGCGCCGAAUCGGAUUGUGUGCUGCGCUCCUGUCGGCGGAUAGAAACAGAAGAUGAUCUCGACCCAGCAGGAGCUGUGGAGAUAGGCCUGGCAGCAGAGACUGGUCAUCUUAUUAAUCUUGGUCUCUGAUCACUGGCUCUGGCACAAACAUCUGGAGCUUUGUGCGCCAUUUAACCCCCAUCCAGUCACUCCCACCCUGCGGCCCUGCAGCGUGGCUCCUAAAAACACCUCCUUGCGUCUUCAUAAUUUUGUCCACGGGGAUAAAUGAGUGAACCGGCUGCAAGGGAAAGGGCGGGGACAUGUACCAGAACCCCAACAGAAUGUCCUGGUUCAGUGGUUUCCUAGUUGCCAGAGUGGACGACCGCAAGACUGCGUGGGGGGAGCGCAAUGGCAAGAAGUCCAAACGGAAGGGAGGCUCAUCUCUCUGCAACCCGCGUUACAUGAGCUGUCUGCGGGACCCCGAUGCAAUGGAGCCCCCUUCCGGAGCCCCCCUCCAUCAGCACCACCGCGGAGGGGGGGCAGGGGCCAUGGGAGGUGGGGGAAACUUCGGCGUCCGUUGCGGAUGGCAGGAGGACCACUAUGGCAAAAGGGGAGGGGCUCCGAGCGAAGGUGUGGGGCUGAAAUCGGUUGACCUGGGCUUUGAGGACGGGGAGUUAAAAGGGAGGAAAGGGGGAUGUAAUGGAGGAAGCAGCGACAUGGGCGACGAAGGUCCCAAUGGUGCAGCGGGGGUGGUGACGGCUGCAGACUGCUGGCUCAGGGUGGUACGAGUAUUCCAGUCGAAAAAAUUCCAGUCCCGCAAACUGGAGCGUCUAUACCAGCGUUACUUCUUUAGGCUGAACCAGAGCUCCUUGACCAUGCUCAUGGGGGUACUUGUGAUCGUGUGCGGCAUCAUGCUGACCUUCCACUGUGUCCACGCCGCCCCUCACGUGGCCUAUUCGUCAGCCCUUUCAGUUGCGAUGGCGCUCUUUAUGGCUCUAAUGGUAGUGUGCAACCGCAAUGGCUUCCACCAGGACUACAUGUGGAUGGUCAGUUACCUGGUGAUCGGAGUCUUAGUGUUCGUACAGGUUUUUGGGGUGCUCAUGGUGGCGCCCAGGAGUGCUUCGGAAGGCAUCUGGUGGUCCGUGUUCUUCAUCUACAUCAUCUACACUCUGCUGCCUGUGAGGAUGAGGGCGGCCGUACUGAGUGGAGCAGUGCUGUCCAUCAUACACGUGGUCACCACCUGGCAGAUCAACCAGGAAGACAAGUUCCUCUGGAAACAGGUGAGUGCUAAUGUCCUGAUCUUCCUGUGCACCAACAUCAUUGGCAUCUGUACCCACUACCCCGCCGAGGUUUCCCAGAGACAAGCCUUCCAGGAGACCAGAGGAUACAUUCAGGCCCGGCUUCAUCUGCAGAGAGAGAAUCAACAACAGGAACGUCUGUUGCUUUCAGUGUUGCCAAGGCAUGUUGCCAUGGAGAUGAAGGCUGACAUCAAUGCCAAGAAGGAAGACAUGAUGUUUCAUAAGAUCUAUAUCCAGAAACACGACAAUGUCAGUAUUCUGUUUGCAGACAUCGAGGGUUUCACCAGCCUGGCGUCUCAGUGCACGGCUCAGGAGCUGGUCAUGACACUAAACGAGCUCUUUGCCCGUUUUGACAAACUGGCGUCGGAGAAUCACUGUCUCCGUAUUAAAAUUCUGGGUGAUUGUUACUACUGCGUGUCCGGGCUGCCUGAACCCCGGGCCGACCACGCCCACUGCUGCGUGGAGAUGGGUGUUGACAUGAUAGAGGCCAUCUCGCUGGUGCGUGAGGUGACGGGGGUCAACGUUAACAUGCGCGUCGGCAUUCACAGUGGCCGUGUGCACUGCGGCGUGCUGGGACUCAGGAAGUGGCAGUUUGAUGUGUGGUCCAAUGAUGUCACGCUGGCCAAUCACAUGGAGGCGGGAGGCAAAGCAGGGCGGAUCCACAUCACAAAGGCCACGUUGCAGUAUCUGAAUGGGGACUAUGAGGUGGAGCCAGGUUUUGGAGGUGAGAGGAAUGCGUAUCUGAAGGAGAACAGCAUUGAGACAUUCCUGGUCCUUGGCUGCAGCCAAAAACGGAAGGAGGAGAAGGCGAUGAUGGCGAAGAUGCAGCGGACAAGAGCCAACUCUAAUGAGGGGCUGAUGCCACGCUGGGUUCCCGACAGAACCUUCACCAGGACCAAAGACUCCAAAGUCUUCAGACAAAUGGGGAUUGAUGAAACCUCCAGUAAAGACAACCGUGGCGUUCAGGAGGCCAUGAACCCAGAGGACGAGGUGGAUGAGUUUCUGGGACGGGCCAUUGAUGCUCGCAGCAUCGACCAGCUAAGAAAAGACCACGUUAAGAAGUUUUUACUCACCUUCCAGACUUCCAGUCUGGAGAAAAAGUAUUCCAAGAAGGUGGACGAUCGUUUUGGAGGCUAUGUUGCCUGUACUCUGCUGGUAUUCUGCUUCAUAUCCUUCAUACAGAUUGUUAUUUUUCCACACACCCCGGUCAUGCUGGGAAUCUACAUCAGUAUCUUCAUCAUACUCGCCAACAUCCUCUUCAUCUGUGCCAUAUACUCUUGCAUCAAGAUUUUUCCAGCUGCGAUGCAGACUGUCUCGAAGAAGAUUGUCCAGUCUCGCACCAACAGCACGCUGGUUGGAGUAUUCUCCAUUAUCCUCGUCUUUAUCUCUGCCUUCGUUAAUAUGUUUGCCUGCGACACCACGGGUUUGGCUGAAUGCGUCGCUGAGAAGCUGAACACCUCUGCGGUGACGCCCUGUCUGAUCCGCAGCUUGAAUGUGUCCGUCGAGGGGGGUCUAGAGAUCUGCCCUAGCCGAGGCCCCUCCUGCCCCUUUCCUGAGUAUUUCAGCUACAGCGUGCUGCUGACGCUGCUGGCCUGCUCCGUGUUCCUGCAGAUCAGCAGCAUAGGGAAGCUGGCCCUCAUGCUGCUCAUCCAGCUCACCUUCCUGCUGCUGGUGGAGUGGCCACAAGUAGCACUGUUUGACAAUGCAGACCUCUUUGUCACCUCCAAUGCCAUUGAUUUAAAUGAAACUCAGUGGCCCAGUUUCAAUGAAACUACAAACCAGUGCCAGUUUGUUGUGACCAAAGUGUCCCUGAGGGUAAUGACUCCAGUGAUCCUCACAGUUUUUGUCCUGGCACUGUACCUGCACGCCCAACAGGUUGAAUCUACCGCACGCCUCGACUUCCUGUGGAAAUUACAGGCCACAGAGGAGAAGGAGGAAAUGGAGGAGCUGCAAGCCUACAAUCGUCGCCUCCUCCAUAACAUCCUACCAAAGGACGUAGCUGCUCACUUCCUGGCACGUGAGCGGCGUAACGACGAGCUGUAUUACCAGUCCUGUGAGUGUGUAGCCGUCAUGUUCGCCUCCAUCAGCAACUUCUCCGAGUUCUACGUGGAGCUGGAGGCCAAUAAUGAGGGAGUGGAGUGCCUCCGGCUGCUUAACGAGAUCAUCGCAGACUUUGACGAGAUCAUCAGUGAGGAGAAGUACAGGCAACUAGAGAAGAUCAAGACCAUCGGUUCCACCUACAUGGCGGCGUCAGGUCUCAACGACUCCACCUAUGACAAAGAAGGCCGUUCCCAUAUUACUGCACUAGCUGACUAUGCCAUGAGACUGAGAGAGCAGAUGAAAUAUAUCAACGAGCAUUCCUUCAACAACUUCCAGAUGAAGAUAGGUCUGAACAUUGGGCCGGUGGUUGCGGGGGUUAUUGGAGCACGGAAACCUCAAUAUGAUAUCUGGGGAAACACAGUCAAUGUGGCCAGUCGUAUGGAUAGCACAGGUGUACCUGACUGCAUACAGGUAGGUUUCAUGUAACUAAUAAAAUCAGCCCAGAUAGGUUUUUAGGGAGCAACCGAAUAUCACUGGGUGGAUUUGAUGGUAAUAUUUUAUAUCUGCACAUUUAUAGAUUGCUGUAGAAAUGUGAAAUAAAAACACUUUAGAGAUAAGAUGUCCAGGUGUGCUUUAAUACUGAAAUGAAGUAAUAUAGAAACAAAGAUGAAAACAGAACAACAACAAAAAUUUAAAACGAUAAAAAACGCAGGACUGCACAUAAGUAACAGAUACAGGACACAUCCAGGACGAUUUAUACACAGAGGACAAACAGGAAGUAAAAGAAACCAAAACUUCAAAGUAAAAUAAGAAAUAACCGAAGAAGACCAAUAGAGAUAUGAAUACAAGCACUUAGCAGAAUGUAAGAGACCUACAUGAACACA